CAUUCGAACGUCCAGUUGUGCCUACACUCCAUUUCAUUCAUGUGUACGCCCCUGACAACAAUAAGGUGUAAAGGUGAGAGUCACGUGAGUGACCCCAAGUCUCGUGCGAACACGUGACAUAUACAUAGUCUCUUACAUAAACGAGUGACACGGCGAUAUUCAAUAUUAUCUGACUCCGGGACGAGAAAAUGAAGUCGUUUAUGCUGCUAGUGGCGAUUUGCCUUGUGGGUGUUACUGAGGGGAUGCCGUUGCAUGCUUCCUGCAAAGCUAACUGGACAUCUUCACUCAAGUGCACGAAUGUACUGGACAAGCUUGUGGGUCAAAUAGGACAAUGGACAGGUCCUGAUGGAUGCGCUAAUGGAGGAGAAAAAUGCCUGUACAAGCUGGUGUCCAGGAACACAACACAGGUGAAAGCCACCCAUGAAACACCUAAGAAACAUUAUGUUGAUGACUUGACCUUCACCUUCACACAGGACACCAGCAAGUGUAAUAUCACCGGUUUGAGCAGUUCAGAGACCUGGUACGCUGUCCUUGACUACGGCACCAACUACUGCAAUCUUCACAACCUCAUUGUCGGGUCUGGACUUGACAAAUCUCCAGGCUACAGUGAGACCACCAGCAACAGCAUCUGUACACAGUUUACUUCAGCAGACUGCUCAAAAUAUUAAACACACCA